CAUGUGUUGUUUAGCAAUACUCAAACACCAUGGGCCAAAAGUGACGGGCCGUCAAUCCUGGAUCUUCAUUUAUUGAGGAGUACCAGACAUCUCACCAUGGAUUUGAAUGAGAUUUUCUCCACCAAAGAGCAACUGUGAGAGACUGGAGUGGGGGGGAAUUGGACACUGGAAGCUGGGAGGAUUAGCUAUUGUGCUGCUAACCCAUGGUGGACCUGCUGUGAGCAGGACAAGGGACUCAGCAGUGGAGGAUGUCAGCGGAGGCCGAGCUCCAGCCGGGUGUCAAAACCAGUCAGCGAAAGGAGUCCAGGAGGAUCAAAGGUCAGGACCGCAGUGAGGCGGGGCUUAUUAAGCGUUUCCGUGGAGAUGGCGUGCGCUACAAGGCCAAGCUGAUCGGGAUUGAUGAGGUGACAGCGGCGCGUGGGGACAAGCUGUGCCAGGACUCCAUGAUGAAGCUGAAGGGAAUGGCUUCCUCGGCACGUUCCAAAGGGGAGCACAAGCAGAGAGUCUUCCUGACGGUCUCUUUCGGUGGGAUCAAGAUUUACUGUGAAAGAUCAGGGGUGCUCCUGCAUCACCACUCAGUCCACGAGAUCAGCUACAUCGCCAAGGACACCAGGGACCACCGGGCCUUUGGCUAUGUCUGCGGAAAGGAGGGCCACCACAGGUUUGUGGCCAUCAAGACCGCUCAGUCAGCGGAGCCUCUCAUCAUUGACCUGCGCGACCUCUUCACACUCAUCUACGACAUUAAACAGCGGGAGGAGAUGGAGAAGAAAGCCCAGAAGGACAAACAGUGUGAGCAGGCAGUCUACCAGACCAUCCUGGAGGACGAAGUGGACGAUCCAGUUUACCAGUACAUAGUGUUUGAGGCUGGACACGAACCCCUCCGUGGCCCCCAGUCAGAGGAGAGCGUUUAUCAGGUCCCAACCAGUCAGCAGAAGGAAGGGAUCUAUGAUGUCCCAAAACGCCAUUUCAUGACUAAUAUCAACCACUUUGAUCUUUUCGGCGACAUGUCCACUCCUCCCUCUAUGCCCCCAUCACCUGCCAACACACUGGACCCUAGCAGGAGCAGCCGCCAGCAGCAACACAAUCCUGCUGAGAUGUAUGCCCCCUUCAGCCCCACCUCCGUGCCGUCAGGUUAUAUGACCAUGGGUCCGGUGCAGGCGGCCCAGUGGGCGCAGCAGCCGUUUCCUGCCCAGGCCCAGACUCUGGCCUUCCCUGUGCAGGGGCCCCUCCAGGUGGCUCAGGUCCUCCCUGGUGGUCAGCCGGUUAUCUGGGGCCAGGCCAACAUUUUCCCCGCCACUCAGCAACAGUGGGCGGCCAUGGCAGCCUACAUGCCGGCACAGACCGUGGGCGUUGGGGGGCACGCUAUACCAGCUGCCAUGCUCCAAGGCCUGGUACCCAUUACUACCAUGUGCCCCCAAGCCUGCGACCUAUCGGCCCCAUCCUCUGCCAUCACCAGCCCCCAGCACACGGCAGACCCUGCCCUGCUGCAGAGGCAGCUGAGCCUUGGGAAGGAAGGCCUCGGCAUGGACUCAGAUGCAGGCGAGGGUCCCUCUACAUCAGGAGUUGGAGCAGCAGGUGUGGGACCUGGCAUCGCGUCAGCAGCGGUGAGCAGGUGUGGGACCCCAGGCCUCAUGAGUGUACCGGACACUCUGGCCUGCAGUCAGCUGCUGCCCCCUUCAGCUUCUGCAACCCAGGAAGAGGAAGGGAGCUGUAGUGACCUUGAUCUCUCUAGGAUGACCUUGAGCCCAGGUACAUCCACAUCACCGUCUACUGAAUCUCCAUCUACUCCAGCCCCUCAGCAGAGCUCGUCUUCAGACUGCCCCCCUUCCCAGGCCAGUGACCCCCCCACAAAUCACUCCCCGGUAGACCCAGAGGGCAACUCCAGCAACGCUAAGGAGGAGGAACAAACGGGGACGGAAGCUCUCAAGGCCAAGACGGAAGCUCAUGAGAAAGAGAAGAUGAGAGAGAUGAGGGACUGUGAUCAGCAGCGUCUCUCACAGCUGGAUUACACAGACUACACAACCAUGAUUUCUGUGGUGAUGUGGAUGAGUGCACUCAAUUUGCAGUGCUGUCUACUCCAUGUUACUUUGAGCUUGGUGCUUCUAAGUCAGGUCACAACAGCCAACAAUGAAGAACCUAGUGUUCGUGAAGCUCGGUCAGUGGGCAGUCAGGUGGUAGUUCAACCAGUCGACUGUGUUUUAUCAGACUGGAGCCCAUGGUCACGCUGUGACACCUGUCAGAAAAAAAGAUAUCGCCAUGCCAAACUGGUCCAGCCAUCUCAGUUUGGAGGGAAGCCAUGCAAUUUUCAAGGCAGGGAGGAGGAGGCCUGCACUGUUCCAGCCCGCUACACCUGUGACAAUGUUCCUUUGUGUGAGGGAUUCCUCUGCCCCCUAACAGGUCGCUGUAUUCCCAGAACUCUGCGGUGUAGUGGGGAGGACGACUGUGGGGACAUGUCAGAUGAAGUCGGCUGUAGGGCGGUUUCCAAGCCCUGCAGGGAGGAGGUUGAAGAGUAUUGGGGAAUUGAAAACCUUGCCAAAGGAAUCAACAUCUUGAACAGUAACCUGGAGGGAGUGGUGCUUGAUAACAGAUACUACGCCGGGAGCUGCUUGCCACACUACGUCCAGAAUGUCAGAUUCAGGAAGCCUUACAAUUUGCAACAGUACACUUUUCAGACAAGAGGCUCAUAUGAUUUUAGCAUGCAGUCCUUUGAUUCAUACUCUGACUACAUGGAGUACACCAUGAGUGAGCGCUCCACCCAAACCAAGGUUUCUAUUGGCUUUGCCAUUCCAGGCGUAGGUCAGUUUGGCUUCAACUUCAAUGAUGACAAAUAUACCAAGUCAGUUAAGAAGAUUCGCCGUGCCUCUGGCAAGUCUAGCAGCUUCGUAAGGGCCAAAGCAGAACUGGAGCUGGCCCAGUACAUGUUGAAGUCAGAUGAUUUGGUGCUUCACACUGAGUUCCUCCAGCGCCUGCGAUCCUUGCCACAGUCCUAUGUUUAUGGGGAAUACAGACAGAUCUACAGAGACUACGGCACCCACUACAUCACAGAGGCUGCCCUCGGAGGAGACUACGAGCACACCAUCAUCCUGAACAAGGAGAAGCUUGAGAAAUCAGAUUAUUCUUUGGAUGACUACAAGCGAUGUACGCAGGUAGGCCUUAAGGUUGGGAUCAACAUAGAGGGUGUUGAUGUGUCGGCGGGGAUUCAGGCCGGAGGCUGCAAAGGCCUGCUGAAUGAGAUAGGAGGGGACACGGUGCAAGGCAGCUCGGUGGAGGACUUUGUUUCUGUUGUAAGGGGUGGAAGCAGUGAAUCCAUCAGUGCUUUGGUGGCUAAAAAGCUUCCCACCCCACAGCUGAUGGGGGUAUGGGGCAGCGCAGUGCGUUUUAACCCGGAUUUCAUUCGCACAACAACACGGCCACUGUAUGAGCUGGUUACCUCCAGAGACUUCUCCCAAGCCGCCACCCUGAAAAGAAAUCUGAAGAGAGCCCUGUCAGAGUACCUAGCAGAGGCUAGUUCAUGUCGAUGUGCUCCCUGUCACAACAACGGAGUGGCUGUUUUGAGAGGCACCAGGUGUGACUGUGUGUGUCCUGUUGGCUACAGUGGACGAGGCUGUGAGAUUACUCAAAGGCGAAAAGACAUAGCCAUUGACGGCAGCUGGAGCUGCUGGGGUGUAUGGUCAUCCUGCAGUGGAAGAACGAUGACGAGGAGUCGACAGUGUAACAACCCAGCGCCCAGCAAUGGAGGCAUGACGUGCAGAGGACUGCAGCAAGAGUCUACUGAAUGCUCUUAAAACUGUCAAAUGUCAACUUUGACUUAAAGAUUAAUAAAAGCUUCCUUGAAAAUAGUA